AUGGCUUUGAUGAUGAUGCCGCUGCUCAAAAGCCUCCUGCGACGGCGGCGUUUUCUCAUCGCCAUCCCAGUGAUAGCGUUGCUAGUCUGGGCCUUGCUCCCUCCUUCUAGGUUAAAUUCUCCAACUACAUUAUUCCACUCUAUCAAGGGCUCAUCAGGGAUAUCUAGCGAUUACAUACUACGAUACGUUGACCCUCUUAUCGGCACGGCAAACGGAGGCCAUGUGUUUCCUGGCGCAACUUUGCCGUAUGGCAUGGCAAAGGCCGUGGCAGACGCGGACAAUCGUGGCGAGAUAGCUGCCGGUUUUGUCUCAGACGAUUCGAAGAUCCAAGGUUUCUCCCACUUACACGAUUCAGGCACCGGAGGAAGCCCUUCGUUGGGCAAUUUCCCGCUCUUCGUGCAUCCCGGAUGUCCGGAGGACGAUUACUCUCAGUGCAAGUUCACAUCUUUCGGUAGGGUGGUCGCAAGAGUAGAUGGCUCCGCGACAGCCCGACCAGGCUACUUCGCCAUCGGGCUCAAUAAUUCGGUCUAUGCUGAAAUGACGGCAACUGAGCAUGCUACACUUUACAGGUUCAGUUUAUCUAAAGAGGCGGAAGUUAUAUCGAAUCAUGUUAUGGUACCUACUAAUCCGUUGAUCCUUCUCGAUUUAAUAGACCUUGGCAAUAGUCGGACCGGAGGUGAUAUUGAAGUUGAUCCUGUCACGGGCCGAAUAACAGGAAAUGGAACAUUUAAUCCAUCGUUUGGAACCGGGAAGUAUACGGCACAUGUAUGUGCCGAUUUCAAAGGUGCCGACAUUCGGAAAACGGGCGUUUUCCUAAUGAAUAAUAUAACGGAGGGGGUUAAUGCUAUGGGGAAUUUGGGAAGCCAUUUUUACAUCCCGUCCGGCUCGGCAGGUGCAUGGAUCCACUUCGCCCACCCAUCUGAUAAUCAGAUCAUGGCGCGUGUCGGGCUUUCGUUCAUAUCUGUGGAACAAGCCUGCCACAACGUGGAGACUGAGAUUCCUGAUUGGGGAUUCGAGAGUGUGGUGAAGGCUAGUGAGAAAGCUUGGAAGGAGAAGCUUUCUGUGAUUAAGCCCGAUUAUUCGGGCAUGAGCACAGAGUUUCUAACGACGUUCUGGUCGGGUCUCUACCGCGCGCUGAUCUCGCCCCAGGACUACACUGGAGAAAACCAACUUUGGGACUCGACUGAGCCGUAUUAUGACUCUUUUUAUUGCAUUUGGGAUUCCUUUCGAGCGCAACAUCCUCUACUCACGAUUAUCGACCCUGAAAUACAGACCAAGAUGGUAAGAUCAUUGAUUGACACGUACAAGCACGAGGGAAAAUUGCCGGACUGCCGCAUGAGCUUUAGCAAGGGCUACACCCAAGGAGGUUCCAAUGCAGAUGUGGUUCUCGCAGACGCGUAUAUAAAAAAUCUCACCGAAGGCAUCGACUGGAAUCUCGGAUACGAAGCUGUGGUCUCAGAUGCGGAGGUGGAGCCCAAGGACUGGUCCACGUCCGGAAGAGGUGGACUCGUGAGCUGGCACGAUCUGGGAUAUAUACCCUACGAUGACGUAGACACCAACGGAACAGGCCCCAUGAGUCGGGGUGUCUCACGCACCGUGGAAUACGCAUAUGAUGAUUUCGUUAUCGCGCUCAUGGCGCGAGGCCUUGGACACCAAGGCGACGAGACGAAGUACCUCCAGCGCAGCCAGAACUGGAAGAACCUCUUUAAUCCCGAGCAGGAAGAUCGUUUCCGCGACGAGGACGGCGACGUGCAAAAGUCGGACUUCAAAGGCUUUCUACAGCCACGCUUCCGCAACGGUACCUGGCGAUACCAAAACACGCGGCUCUGCAGUCCGAUAUAUCAACAACAUAGCUGCUACUUCGACACGCAGUACGAGACUUAUGAGGGGAGCCCGUGGCUGUAUACCUUCUACGUGCCGCAGGACAUGGCCUCCCUCAUAGAAGCGCUCGGAGGGCGUGAGUCCUUCGUCGCCCGACUUGAUUAUUUUCAUUCAUCAGGUAUUAAUUAUAUGGGCAACGAGCCGAACUUUCUACCGACCUUCCAGUUCCACUAUGGUGGGCGUCCUGGUCGCAGCAGUUAUUGGGUGCACCAGUACAUACCGAACCAAUUCAACACCAGCAUUAAUGGCAUCCCUGGAAACGAUGAUUGUGCUAUGGGCGCCUUCACCGCGUUCGCGUUCAUGGGGUUCUAUCCGGUAGCCGGCCAGGACGUGUAUCUACUAACCCCACCCAUGUUCCGCGAGGUUAGCAUCCGCACGCCGACGGGCAAGCUAGCGACGCUGCGUAACGUGGGCGGGUUCGACGGCCCACGCUAUCGCAACAUCUACAUCCAGAGCGCUAGAUUGAACGGACAGCCGUAUACGCGGAACUGGAUCACGCACGACUUCUUCGUCAAUGGCGGGACGCUGGACUUUAUUCUCGGGUCUGAGGAGAGCGACUGGGGCACAAGGGAUGAGGAUCUCCCGCCGAGCUUGUCGACGGGACUUCUAGAUUAA